AUGAACAUUUUUCGGCUCGCUGCGGAUAUGUCGCAUCUUAUUGCGAUACUAAUCCUGUUGGCCAAGAUGUGGAAGACGCGCUCCUGCUCUGGCAUUUCUGCUCGUUCACAGAUCCUUUUUGCCAUUGUGUUCACGGCCAGAUACCUAGAUCUUUUUACGACGUUUAUUUCGACGUACAAUACAGUCAUGAAGGUGUUCUUUAUAAUUUCCUCUUACGUUUCGCCCAACAUACGAAAAAGAGAGCGAUAG